CAUAAAACAUUAACCAAUAUCUUGUCUUUGCCCAGUACAAUGUUGUGGAACUUGAGGAUAUUCAUCAGAAUAGGAUUGGACAGUGGGUCAAUACAUCAUCUAGCGGCAACAUUCUGCAGCUUUCUCACCCCCUGAACUCUGAAGCACCCGUAGGAUCCUAUGCUAUUGUAGUGUGGAUUGGUGAUAAGAAAAUAUACCAUCACUUCAAGGUAGAAAAAUAUGUUUUGCCAAAGUUUGAGAUCAAAAUGAACCUCACCGAUGAGAUCAGCAUUGUUCAAGAGGAGUAUAAAGUAGAAGUGUGUGCAACAUACACGUAUGGACACCCUGUACCUGGAAAAGCAGAGGGAGAGUUGUUCCCGACAUUUACUGUACAAUAUAAUGAUACCAAUAAUAAUUGAUGAGAAAAAUCAACAAGGAGUUCCUGAUUAUACAGCCCCCUGUCACAAAGAGUCAAUAGAGAUGGACCAAACUGGCUGUGCUUCUCAUGUCUUCAAUAUGUCCAUUUUCACAAAGAAUGCUGGAGAGAAAAUGCUCAUAGACAGAUUUAGUUUUAAUGCAAAAGUAGAGGAGGAGGGGACAGGUAUUACACGGUCAGAGGAAAAACACAUAGCGCUCUCCUAUGUGAUUGGAAAACUCACGUUUGUCGACACGCCCAAAAUCUAUGAGCAUGGAUCAAUUAUCGAGGGCAAGAUAAACGUUGUUCACUUCAACAACACACCUAUCUCUGACAUGUUAGUCUACCUGUUAGAGAAGAAAGGCUGGUCCUCACAUCAUCUCCAGAACCUAACCACGGACAGUCAUGGUGUUGCCAGUUUCUCCUUCAACACAACCACUAUGCCCAAAGAGGAUAUUAACCUCAUAGUUAGCAACACACCAGAAGCAGAGAGCACUGGAUACAGGGUCCCCUAUUUCAACAGGGGGCACCACGUACUCUCACUGAUCCAGCCCACUGCCCCUCACAGUAAAACAUCCAGCUCUCUGGCUAUUCAGAAGACGGAGAAACCACUGGCAUGUGGGGAGGAAGUGUCAAUCACCAUCCAUCCAGUAUGCUAUUGUAGGGGAGACCGUCCCAAAGGGCUCCGUGGAUGUCAUCUACCUGGCCUUAUCCAGAGGGGUGAUACUUCAGCAUGGACACAUGAAGGUUACUGUACAGCAGGGAGUCCUGGUGAGGAUGAUUUAUUAAGUAAUUAUGGACCUGGGAGGUGCUUGAUGACAAUGACAGUGUGAAAUGCUCUUACGUUGCAGUAACUGAGGGUGAAGUCACCUUGAAGUUGGCAGUGGUUCCAGAGAUUGCAGCGGCAGCGUAGCCUAGUGGUUAGAGCGUUGGACUAGUAACCGGAAGGUUGUGAGUUCAAACCCCCGAGCUGACAAGGUACAAAUCUGUCGUUCUGCCCCUGAACAGGCAGUUAACCCACUGUUCCCAGGCCGUCAUUGAAAAAUAAGAAUAUGUUCUUAACUGACUUGCCUGGUUAAAUAAAGGUAAAAUUAAAAAAAUUAAAUUAAAUUGUGCCGUUGGUACAGGUCCUGGUGUACAGUAUGCUACCCAGCGAGACUGUCAUCGCCCACAGCAUGAACUUCCCCACUGAGAAAUGCUUCAGGCACAAGGUGCUAGUCAUAUACUCAGUGAUUGCACAUCAGAAACAUAUUGUGAUAAUUUUAUGGAAGCCAGAAAAAGUGUCAGGUAUUUCCAUGCACAUAGAUAUAAUGUCUCCCGAGUGGUGCAGUGGUCUAAGGCACUGCAUCGCAGUGUUAGCUGUGCCACUAGAUAUUCUGGGUUCGAGACCAGGCUCUGUCGCGACCGGGAGACCCAUGGGGCGGUGCACAAUUGGCCCAGCGUCUUCCGGGUUAGGGAGGGUUUGACCGGCAGGGAUGUCCUUGUCCCAACGCGUACUAGCGACUCCUGUGGCGGGCUGGGCGCAGUGCAUGCUGACACGGGUCGCCAGGUGUACAGUGUUUCCUCUGAUACAUUGGUGCGGCUGGCUUCCGGGUUAAGUAGGCAUUGGUUCAAGGAGCAGUAUGGCUUGGUUGGAUUGUGUUUCGGAGAAUGCACGGCUCUAGACCUUCACCUCUCUGAGUCCGUACCGGAGUUGCAGCCCCCCGUAUUGACUCGAUUCUGUAACUACCAAUUGGAUACCACGAAAUUGGAGAGAAAAAGGAUUUUACAUUUUUUACAUUUUUUA